AUGCGUGGCGUCCUCAGCCGUGACGUGUUGCAUGCGAUCCGCAACCUUUCCCUCUUUUCUUCCUCUGAUUCCUGGUCGCAGCCAAUCAAAGAAGACAACUUUGAGAUAAACCAAUCAGAAGUGGUCAACCUGAACGAUCCGACGCUCAACGUCAACCUCGACUUCACCUCACGCGAGGAUGCCCCCCUCGAGCGCGGGCAUUUUAGCCGCCCUCAAGAGGGCUCGGGAGGAGGGAACGUCGAGAAGAACCUCGAGGGCAAUUUGGAGAGGAUGGUUGGGAAGCCCAUCAUCACCAAGCUUCAUUCCUUCCUCAUCCAGACGUCGCUAGCCCAGGGCGGGUCCUCGUCCCCACUUUCUUCUCCCCAGCCAGCUAGGACACCAGAGAACCCCGCGGAAUCAAGAACGGUGCCAGGUUCAUCCCCCUCAGCGGCCGCCAACGGCAUCUAUAAGCAUCCUUAUUACUGUGAGGACUUCAGUCCCUCGGAUUCAACGACCUGGCUACUACCUUCGAACCCUUCUCAGGAGGUUGUGGAGUCGUCACACGUUGCUGACUCCUUUUCGGUUCUGAGGACGGUUCGGUUCCAGAAGGUAGCACGACAGACUCGCCAUCACCGUGUCCGACUUCAACAACGACAACAACACCAGCGAUCUUCCCAUGGCUUCACCCCCGCAGCCCGCAGCCGGGACGGCUCAGGAACUACCCUAAGUGUCGGAGGAGUUCCUAUGGACCUCCUUCAUACAGUUCACAGGCUUAAGGGCGAGCUCGCCCAAUUGCGCCAGGAGGCCCAGCAGGCUAAAGCUGAUGUUACGAAGCUACAGCGGGAGAGGCAACGGAUGCACGACGAGGUUACCAAGUUGCAUAAGGGGGACCAGUGCCUCCGCAACGAGAUCGCUCAGUUGCAUUAA